AUGCAGGAGACAAACGAUCGCAAAUGCCGGGGAUUUUGUAAUAGGCGGAACAGGGUGGUUGGGAGAAGCGGUUUGCGCCGUGAAAAUGCCGGAAGCGGAUGUAUCGGUACUGGAAUGUCGGGAGAGGAGGUGUGCACCACAGAGAGGCCGGAAGCGGGUGUAGGUGGCAGGGUAACGUCAGUUAAAUGGUGUGUGAUAUCACGUGAUGAAAAAACCAAAUGUGAAGACAUGAGUGCAGCAUUCAAGGAAAAGGCGAUCUUACCAAAAGUGGAGUGUAUUCGACGCUACAAUACACUGGAUUGCAUGCACACUAUAUUUGACGGCAGAGCUGAUCUCAUCAACUUGGAUGCAGGAGAUGCGUAUGUUGCCGGGAAACAAUACGGUCUGAUACCCAUCCUGGCAGAGAAAUAUUCAAGUGGUACGGAAUCAUACGCCGUAGCCGUUAGCAAAGAAAAUAAUGAUGACAUCAAUAUUGACACCAUGGAGAAUCGAACAGCAUGCUUUAGUGGAAUAAAGAUGGGUGCUGGAUGGGUGGUUCCCAUAGCAACCAUGUUUGACUGGGGAGUUUUGCAGAGGGAUGGAUGUCAAUACAACAAUCGCGAUGAGUUCUCCAACUGGACGGAUACCUUAUCUGUAGACACGUUAUUCGAGGAAGGAUGUGUACCGGGUGUGCUGUUGGGAGCUUACGAUACGGGUGGGAUGAAUGGUCAAGAUCUCUGUGAUGCAUGUGCCAACACACUGACAUGUCGUCGCAACCACAAGGAAUUAUACUAUGGCAACAUGGGGUCGUUAAGAUGUUUAAUAGAAGGAACUGGUGAAAUUGCAUUCACCAAUCAUUUAUCAGCAUUGGCAGUAACAUUUGAUAUACAAUCACUAUCAUCAACGCAAUCUGGAAUAUCAGUUGGCCUUAAACUUCUCUGUAAGAACGGGACUCGACGAGCGCCCUCUGAAUAUGAGGACUGUCAUUUCAACAAGGUGCCCUCUAACAUUGUAAUGACAAGUGGUAACAAAACAGAUAGAGAAUUACACAAAUACAGAAAAAUGCUUCGCAUAGGACAAUAUUUUUUUGGUGGUGAUAACAAUGAUAAUGGUUUCAAGAUGUUCGACUCUUCGAACUAUACAAGUCCUGAUUUGAUGUUCAGUGACGCCACAAAUAAGCUUGUCGUCAAAAGCAGCAAGACGGAGUAUUCUGAUUGGCUAGGACAAGAUCAUCUAAGGCUCCAGCAAAGUUUGACCGGUUGUAUUCCCCCUAAAGUUUUGGCACAAACAUCUGGGACACGAAGUUUUAAACAUUCUCUAAUGAUCAUAAUAUCCAUACUAUUGGUUUUCUAUUUUAACAAAAAUGAACAAUGA